AUGGAUGGCAUGGAUGACAUGGAUGAUAGCGGCGGUAUGGAGAAGAAACACGAGCCCACCAUGUCCGAGUUUGGACUACUGCUCAAUGAGAUCAUCCAUGAUCCGGAGGGUACUGACCUACAUCUUCCGGCAAAGAAGCUAAAGCUGUUGGAAGACCAAAGGUCAACCACCCAGUGCACCGAGGAACCCGUCGGGCAUCGAAGCUGGAAACUAGACGACCACCUCAUAAACCGCACCGCGCUCCACGACACCCUCCUCCCCCACCUCUUCCGCCGCCUCACGGCCCUCACCACCCUCGUCCACAGCGACAACGACGAGACCACAGCUGCCAAGAUCCGCAGCGCCAACCGGCGGGUGGACGAGACGCAGCGCCUGCUGAGCGAGCUGCGCAGCCGCGUGCGCUUCCUCGAGGGCCGCGUCACCUCGCUGGCUAGGCGGCAUGAGCGUGCGGCGGCUAUAGCGGCGGCGGCGGCUAUUGCUGAUGCUGCUGGCGGUGCGGGGGGGAGUGGUGGUAGUGGCGGUGAGGGGGGGAGGAAGACUCGGUCGAAGAAACGGAAGGCGAGGGGUGGGGAGGCGGUGGAUGUUUCGGGGGGUGGUGGGGAGGCUUCUUCUGCUGCCGUGGCGGAGGAGUUGGGUGAGGUGGAGUGUAUGUUGGCUGAGGUCAUGAAGAGGGUUGGUGACUUCCGGAUAGCCAGCGGUCUUGACGCCAUUGAGGAAGCCCCAAGUCCUCUUGGCGAUGAGGAUACAGAAAUGGAAAAUGCCAAGGAGGACAAAGGCAAGGAGGUGGCCAAGCCCGAGUCAGCGGUCUGA